GAUGAAUCGACAAGAUCUGGCUGCUCAUUGCGACGGUAGAAACUUGGAAGCCUUUCGAGGAAUUUAUGACUUUUGAGCAUCGCCAAAGGAAACAAAAUGAGACUGUACAAUGCUUGAAUCAUCCUUGGGUGACGACUGCCAAUUAUGAUGGAAGACGUUCAUUUCGCUUCCGUUGCGACCAGCAAACGUAAACCUCCCAACAUGUACUUAUACCCACUUCUUCACCUGGAACCCCCCUGUUAUUAUCUCCCCCGUUUCUAUUUUUUUGUAGGCUACACUGUUAGAAUGAUACGAAUAUAAAAUUCACAUUCAAUUAUAGGCCGUUGUCAACCAA